AGCCAAGCCUCUAGAAAUGAGAGCUCGUCGUUCCGCGAGCGACGAAGAAGCGAGUAUGAUGACAUGUCAAAUUGCAGCAAGAACGGACGGAGCCGUUCGUAAUUCUAGAGACAAAAUUACCGGCACCAUUACGACGCUCGAGGGUAAAGUUCCGUCGCGACAUCGACGGAAGAUCGAUGCGGCCGCGCCGGCAGCUUCGCUGCGGAAGAUGGCGAUCCCGGCCGGUAGAAACUUUGCCAGCUGCUACAUGGAGCUGUGUAAGCAGCAACGAUUGCGACCGUUACCGGUGAUAUGCGUGACCCUGCCGCACAGUCUGGACUUCACCACCGAUCGCAUCAAGAUGGACGACUGGGGACCGAUCUUGAAUUCUCUUUCCCUCGAUCGCUCGCUCAAAUCGAUCAGCGUGCAUAGCAGGUUGAAAAUUGAUUGAUUUCAAUACUUUUUGUAUAC